CAUUUAUGACGAACAGACAGACUGUCGGUUGGAAGGAAGCGGGUUCGACCACACACUAAAAGUAAAGCAGUUCUCCGACACAAACUAGUUGGAACCCAUUAUAUUUUUUGUAUAAUAUAUCCUGCAAUCGUACCUAAUAAUUUAGAUAAUCGUCAAUACAGUCAAAUAUCAUGGCUGCUGUGAAUGUACACAGCACAAAUGCAUCAGAAAAUAAUCUUAGUCGGCAUGAUAUGAUAGCUUGGAUUAAUGAUACUCUUCAAACCAGCUACACAAAAAUUGAAGAACUAUGUUCCGGUGCAGCCUAUUGUCAGUUUAUGGACUUGCUAUUUCCUGGCAGUUUAAGUUUGAAAAAAGUGAAAUUCAACACAAAAUUAGAGCAUGAGUACAUCCAGAAUUUCAAGGUCCUGCAAGUGAACUUUAAGAAACUAGGGGUGGACAAGAUAGUUCCUGUUGAAAAACUUGUUAAAGGAAAGUUCCAAGACAACUUUGAGUUUGUUCAAUGGUUCAAACGUUUUUUUGAUGCUAACUAUGGGGGUCAAGACUAUGAUCCAGUUUCUGCAAGAGGUGGGGAACAACUGGGUGUGGCCAAACCUGGUGCAUUAAACAAGGCUCCAACAGCUAAACCAUCUGUCUCCAAAACAAGUCAACCUCCACCUCAAAGAACUGUAAAACAACCAAAUAAAAGUCCAGCCAGUAAUAUGAUUAGAAGAUCUCCCGGAGCAGCAAACCAUCCUGGUGGAGACAAUCAUGUAAUAGAAGAACUAAAAGGACAGAUUGAACAGUUAAAUAUUGAUAAAGAGGGUUUGGAAAAAGAAAGGGAUUUUUACUUUAACAAAUUACGUGAAAUUGAGGUAAUUUGCCAAGACAAUGAAGGGAUGACUCACAUUAAAGAAAUAAUGGACGUUCUCUAUGCAACUGAGUCAUCAGUGCUCUGAAUUGUUUUCUUGAAGAUGUCCUUUUACAAGAAAAUUGAUGAAGGAUUUGCUCCACCUGAAGAUGAUCCAGAAUUCGAAGGAGAACAAGAAGAAUACUAACAAAUUAUUUGAAUUCCCACAGUCUGUAUUUUUUUUUUUACAAAAAAAAGUCUAAAAUAACUGCUUUCAUUUGCAUCAUCUUCAUUCAUUCAUGACCUUGUAAAUAUAAGUACAUAGGUAUAAAAUUUCCAAAAAACAAACUGUGGUGCAAAUGUUGAAGACUCCCAUAAACAAGAAUCUGCUACUCACGAAUGAAUGGAUUCAACAAUUUAGUCCAAAAACAGAUAAUUCUACCCUAUGUCUGUAUUUAAGUGUCGCUGGUGUGUUUUUCUGAAGUUGUAAUGUUCACAUUUUUGUAACUGGUAAUAUGUCCAAAAGUAACCAUCUCACCAAAUAUUUCUUUUUAGUGGGAAAUAAAUAACUUAAGUACAUUGCACUACCUAGCAGCAUUUCGAGUAUAAAUUUAAAACUAAAUACCAGUACACUUGUAUUUUAUUUUAUUUUUUGUUGGUAAGUGAAUGAAAUCAAAGUAAUAGCUUCUGUAUAACUCUCUGGGACUGGUUAUCAAUAAGCUUGUACUUCCAGUAAUUGCUUUAACAUGGCUUGUAUUUUGUUUAUUAUUCACAUUAUUUAUUAUAACACUUUUCAAUAAAAUGUCCUCCAGUACUUUAUUUUUAAUAGAUAAUUUAGGAAUAGAAAUUUUGAGAAUAUUAAAAAAACAUUUCUUCAAAGAAAUUCAUCUGCUUGUCUAACUUUAGUUCAGUUUUCAGUGGAUUACAGAAUAAUUAACACAUACUAAUGGUUGAAAUUUUUUAUUUUUAGAUAUAUUUUUUUAUAUAGCAAAAUUCUGUUUUAGAUGGUAUUGUAUUUAAAAACUUAAAUUAAUCCUACAAUGAAGAUUGAUGAGACAUGUCAAAAAUAGUGUUUACAGAUCAGUUAAUAACAUAGUUUUCCCCUUCUGUGUAAUUUUUUUAACUUGUAAAAAAUGUCAAAAUUAAACCAAUUUUUUUUGCCAUGGUACCACAGCGCACUUUAAGAACAACAGGCUUAACCUUUAUCACCUGGAAUCUUCAUUUCAAAAUGUUAUAACUUAGACAAAGAGAAAUUAUGUUGAGCAUGUUUUAGAAUUCUGCUUUAAGGUGACUUCCAUGUUUGAAGCUGGGCUUCUUCUAAGUCUGUGAUUAAUUUUGUCCAUCUGUUAUUUAGUUUAUUUUUCAGCUGCUUUGCCUUUAAAAAUGUAAUUUUUUAUGCAAGUGAAAGAAAUAUAUCCAAAACAGAUUUAAAAUUACAAUAUUUGAUAUCUGGCAAGCAGAUUUCUAGCACCUAAUAAGGUCAGUUUUUCUUUUUGUGCCUGCAAGAAUAUACUCAUUCUGUGUGGCAAGUUUUGACAUGACUUGUGACAUCCAAUACUAUAAUUUUCUGUGGGAAGUUUACAAACAUGGUUAUCACACAAGAGUAAGUGAACAAAAUAAGUUAAGGGCUAUUAUUAAUGUCAUGUGUAUCUGUUUGAGAACAGUUAAAGCAUUUAAGGGCUUGCCUUUCUUAUAAGUUGUAUAAAUCUUUUGAGCUAGACAUUUUUUACAAGAAAUCAGUAUUUUCUAGUUUACCUUUAACUAUUUUAAUAAAAAGACUAAAAGAAAUAUUUUCUACUUUGCCAAUUUUAGGGCUUAUAAAUUGACUUAUGGUUAUUUCAGUAAUAAAUGUCACUACCUGUGUAAAUAAAAUUUAAAAGUUG